AUGAGCGAGAGAGAUAUACAGAGCCUGAGCAAAAGGGUUCUGGUGCUCAGUCUCUGCCUUACCACGCUGUGGGGUCGACUGACGCUGGCCUCCUCGCAUCAUCACAGGAGCCAUUCAGUGCACGUAGAGCCUGGCACGUGCGAAGUCAUCGCGGCUCACCGGUGCUGCAAUAAGAACAAGAUCGAGGAGCGCUCGCAGACGGUGAAAUGCUCCUGUUUCCCAGGACAGGUGGCAGGGACAACACGGGCGGCUCCCUCGUGCGUGGACGCCUCCAUCGUGCUGCAGAAGUGGUGGUGCCAGAUGGAGCCGUGUCUCGAAGGGGAGGAAUGCAAAGUGCUGCCUGACCUCUCAGGAUGGAGCUGCAGCAGUGGCAACAAAGUGAAGACAACCAAGGUACGUCCCUGGCAGGUGAUGGGGGGAACCCAGCUGUGCCUUCCCCACCUGGGGCAGGCAAAACCGAGGAGUUCACCCACAGCAAUCAUUUGUGACAGAGCACUACACGAUUAUUAUUUUCAUGGCUUGCUGAAUGCCCCAAAGAACAAGGUGUAA